AUGUCUAAGGAUCAUAAACCAGUGAAAGACGAUCAUCCUUCUUCUCUGAAGCUCGACGAAGAGUCGAGAGGAUGCCUCGAGAAACUCUCCGCCGAGAAUUGUGAUUCACGAGCUGCAUUGGAUGACUGUGUCGAGUGCCGCACUCCUGUAUCAGAAGAUCACAAGAUCCCACCGGUCCGGAGCUGCCCGCCCACGCCCCGGAAGCAGGCACCUGGACCGUCCCGCAAGAGGAAGUUGCACUUCUUCGAAACCUCACGCAGGGAAGAGGUGGAGUCAUUCUUCCGGUCAAGCUUCUUGGAGCUCUCAAAGGCUGCCGAUAAGAGAAGAUGUACGAGCAUAUGA